AUGAAUGGGAUCGGUGGAGAUCUUGUUGAUGGCUCGGGCACGAUUAACCCUGCAGCCUUAAACAACGGUAUGUCGGACGAUCAUGGUCGUCGGAAAAGGGGUCGCCCUCCUAAGACGCCACGACCAGCCACAGCAUCCACUAGUGACCAGCCGGUCUCGUCCAAUGCUCAUGCUCAAACCCCGCGGAUGCAAACCCAGCCUCUUUCAGCCCAAACAUCCGCCAACAUAUCCCCGUCACAAGCUUCUCCGCCCGAGAAAAGCACACCAACCAAGGCUGCUUUGGUCAAGGCUCUUCCGACUGUGCGCGAUCACACUACCGACCAGCUGAACGAGGCCGGUGACGAAUAUGUGCCUAAGGAAUUCGACGAUGCUGGGGAGAAGAAGGUCGAUGAUAUGGGUUACCUCCAGGGUGGUCGCGAGUACAAAUGCCGCACCUUUCGCGUGCCCCUGCGUGGAACUAAGCUGUUCAUGCUGGCUACUGAGUGUGCGCGAGUGCUGGGUUACCGAGACUCGUAUCUCCUGUUCAACAAGAAUCGGUCUCUACAUAAGAUAAUCGCUACCCAGAUUGAGAAGGACGAUUUGAUCCAACAGGACAUAUUGCCGUACUCAUACCGCUCUCGUCAGAUUGCUAUUGUGACGGCCAAGUCCAUGUUCCGCCAAUUCGGCAGCCGCGUCAUUGUAAACGGACGACGGGUGCGUGAUGAUUACUGGGAGGGCAAAGCGCGAAAGCAGGGAUUCACGGAGGACGAUCUCGCAGGCGAAAAACGCCCCGGUGGUGGUACCAAACGCGAUGCUGCGGCAGCAGAGGCAGCGGGCGCUGCCAGCUUUUUGCCCACCCUGACUCAUGGCGAUGUCAUCUACAGCAACGCGCUAGAGGCUGUGCCGAGCAGCAUGACGAUCGGCGCACCGCCGUCGGUCUCACUUUCGCAGCCGCUCCCAAUGAUCCACAUGACGACCACCACUGAUGACCCACGUCUGAGAGAGUACAACAGCAUGCCUCGACCCCGUCAGGAGAUGACCGGCCAGCCGUACCAAGACCGGUCACAACCAAGCACAGCUGCGGAAAUACUAAAUCAAGCUUCGCACACAGCUGAUUUCAACAAGGUUCUGACCCAACAGCGCAGCUAUCGGCAGAAAGGACUGGAAGAGUUCUAUUCCAAGCAGCGUGAGAUCCCCGCCUCCGCGGCGCCUUCGCAACCUGGACCACUCGAUGCGGCCCCAGCAGCCUCCCAGCCAAUGCAGUCGCCCCAGAUGCCUUCGACCGGAGCGAUUAGCCAAGCUCAGCCACCACAGGCAAUGCUCCCCCAUCAGCCUCCCAUGAUAUCUAGUCAGCCGGGCUUCCAAUCUGCAACGGCCCAUCAGCAGCCGCCUGUAGCGCAGUCGCCUGCUCGAGGUGUCCCUGCAGCCCGUCCAGAACUUAUGCAUCAACGUUCGAAUCCUGCCCUCCCUGCAGGAACGCCACAGCCACCAGGUCCUUACGGGUAUCCCUCCCAGCCGCAGCAGAUGUGGGGCCAGCCGCCUCCGCAACCUCAGCCAUCGCCUAUUUCUGCCGCUGGCCCGCAGGGUGUAGCAAUGCCGCAGUACCCAUCCCAGAUCCACCCUCAGCAGUCUCCUUCGCCGCUCGCGCACUCUCUUCCCCAGCAACAUGCCUCUCAGUCGCCCCGCAAUCAAGCUCGGCCUUCGGCACCCCCGAUGCCGCAGCCGUUCCCAAUGCAUCCGCAAACACCUCAGCAGCAACAAAUGGCAGCCAUGCCUUUCCCUGGAGUCACCGCUGUGCAGUAUCCAGGUAUACCUGCCGCACGAGCCAUAUAUCCUUCCACGCAGGGUCCAGCAGGUCAACAGUACAUGGCUGGAGCUCCACAGCAACCGGGCAUGGCUAUGGGGAUGAGCCCUGGUGGAGCGAUGCCCGGCUGGCCUCCGGCACCUGGCGGCCCGAUGCAACCGGGACAUCCGCAGCCUGGUCAAUCCGGCACUCCUCUCGGCUGGUCUGGAUAUUGA